UUGAAAAUCUUUUGCUAAAGUACUUGGACUUUCCUUUUGGUGUUUGAAAUUUUUUUGAAGGGGAGAAUCACAAAAGUAGAAGUUCAAAAAUCUUAUCAGCCAUUCAAUAUUUUUGUCAAAGUUGUCCGUUUCAUAUUCCAGAUUCCAAGAAAUAAAAGGUGGGGCCCUAACAUUUAUCUUUCAGACAUCCAAGCUGUCUUCCUCAAAACUUCAGGCUACCAUCACAUGUGCUUUUCUCUAUAGUCCACACUCACAGUGUCUGCACUUUACUGUACACAACAAUUCACACUGAAACCAGAAGAAGCAAAUUCUAAAGUGACAAUUUAAGAUCCCAAAGCUACGGUUGCCCCCAUUUCUUUCUAUUUCUUCACAUUGCAUUACAACAAUUACCAGAUAACAAGAAAGCUACGGUUGGAGUCGCAAUCAAAUGUUCACUGGAUUACCAAAUUAUUUCUGUCUCUUUUUCUUGAGUUUGCUUCUCUGUUUGAUAACAAUUUGUUUAGCGGGAGACCCUUAUAUAUAUUAUGACUGGACAGUUUCCUACAUCACAGCUUCUCCUCUUGGAGUUAAACAGCAGGUGAUUGGAAUAAACGGUCAAUUUCCAGGACCCAUUCUCAAUGUCACUACGAACUGGAAUGUGGUUGUCAAUGUCAAAAAUGAUCUUGAUGAACCUAUGCUUCUUACAUGGAAUGGCAUCCAGCAGAGAAAGGAUUCAUGGCAAGAUGGUGUAUCUGGCACGAAUUGUCCCAUUCCUGCUGGGUGGAAUUGGACAUAUGAGUUUCAAGUUAAAGACCAGAUUGGCAGUUUCUUUUAUUUCCCUUCCCUAAGUUUCCAGAGAGCUGCUGGUGGAUAUGGAGGGAUCACUAUAAACAACAGAAAGAUCAUUUCUCUGCCAUUUGCAACACCAGAUGGGGACAUCACACUCUUUAUUAGUGACUGGUUUAUAAAAAGUCAUAAGGAACUCAGACGAGACAUUGAAAACGGAAUUGGCCUUGGAGCUCCUGACAGUAUACUAUUCAAUGGGCUAGGUCCUUACCGUUACGAUAAUGCGCUUGUAUCAGGCGGUAUAGCCUACCUGUCAGUGAAUGUAGAACCAGGCAAAACAUAUCGCCUACGAGUACACAACGUUGGUGUUUCAACUAGCUUGAAUUUCAGAAUUCAAAAUCAUAACCUUCUUCUUGUGGAGACUGAAGGUUCAUACACAGUACAACAGAACUACACAAGCUUGGAUAUCCACGUCGGUCAGUCGUACUCAUUCCUGGUCACAAUGGAUCAAAAUGCAAGUAGUGAUUAUUACAUUGUUGCGAGUCCACGUUUUGUUAAUUCCUCCGGUUGGUCGAAGUCGGUAGGAGUUGCUGUCUUGCAUUACUCAAAUUCACAAGGACCUGCUUCAGGCCCUCUUCCAGACCCUCCUAAUGAAUCUGACACAUUUUUCUCAAUGAGUCAAGCGAGAUCCAUAAGAUGGAAUGUUUCUGCUAGUGCUGCACGGCCAAACCCCCAAGGAUCCUUCAGAUAUGGCGAAAUCACAGUGACUGAUGUCUUUGUCCUUCAUAAUAGACCUGCAGAGCUAAUAGAGGGGAAGCGGCGCACUACUCUCAGUGGUAUUUCAUACUUAGCACCAUCAACACCUCUAAAACUUGCUCAGCAAUUUAACGUCCCAGGUGUUUUCAAGCUGGACUUCCCCAAUAAAAUGAUGAACAGGCCAGCAAAAGUUGAUACGUCCGUAAUUAAUGGUACUUACAAAGCAUUUGUGGAAAUCAUAUUCCAAAACAAUGAUACAACUGUUCAGAGCUAUCAUCUGGACGGCUAUGCCUUUUUUGUUGUCGGUAUGGACUAUGGGCUUUGGACAGAGAAUAGUAGAAGCACCUACAACAAAUGGGAUGGUGUUGCUCGAUGCACUACCCAGGUGUUUCCAGGUGCUUGGACUGCCAUUUUAGUCUUCCUAGACAAUGACGGCAUUUGGAAUUUACGUGCUCAAAACCUCGACUCGUGGUACCUUGGCCAAGAAACUUAUAUUAGUGUUGUGAAUCCAGAGACCACAGAUAAAAAUGAUGUUCCACUUCCAGCAAACGUUAUCUAUUGUGGUGCACUGUCACCUUUACAGAAGGACCAAGCUCACAGAGUAAAUUUCUCUGGUGCACCAUCGUUCAGUAAACCAAUCAAAUUGAUAUUUGUAGCAUUUGUUCUAGCUAUAAUUGGAAGUUUUAUGAGGUAGCAAAUUCAAGUAAAAAGGCAUCAGAAAAGCAUGGUAGUUGGAAAAUGCCACUGAAUUACUCUUUGGGCUAGCUGGGUUUUUUUUUUUUGGCUUGUACUAAUAUGUAAUUAGUUGAACCCUAUAUUUAGGUAUCUCCACUUCAACUGUGAAUUAAUUUUUUGUAUUCUUGUAUGGUUUAACUAUAGUCAAAAUUCUUGGCAUCUUAGACAUGA